AUGUCCGUAGUACUUGCAGAUCCGUCCCUACCAAUAAAAACGAGCUCAAAUCACAUGUUCGGCUGCGGGAACCAUACAAUGGACUUGACAUCCUUCUUUCGUGCCAGCGCGACAGGCGAGAUCAAGCAGGGAGUAGAACCUUUCGAAAUGACUUUGAGUUGGCUAUGUGUCGAGCUGUUGCCAUUAAAAUAA